AUGAAUAAAUAUCUAAAUAAGAAAUUUUCAGUUUCAGUUUCUUUUUUCAUUUCAUUUUUCUCUUUUCUUCUCCGUCCUAUUUAUCACUCUAACUACAAACUUAUUUCUUUCACUCUCUCUUUCUCUUUCUCUCUCUCGCUCUUCGUCACAAUCACCCCACUUUUUAUUUCCCAUUAUCUUUUCUUUUCUCUUUUCAUCUCUUUUUACUCUCUUUUAUCUUUGAUCUUUUUCCUUCUUUAUCUCUUUAUACUCCUUCGAUUUCCAUUUUUUUUCUCUGAUUCGGCUUUUUUCUUUCUCCUUGUCCUAACCUCUCUCAAUUUUCCCUUUCCUUUUAACUAUUUCUUUUUUUUUACACGUCUUUUUCUAUUCGUCUUUUUUUUUUUUUAUUUCUGCUCCCCUCUUUCUAUCUUUCCAUUCUUUCUUUCUUCAUCUUUCCCCGCUUUCUAUUUGUCUCUGUUGCUUUCCGUACAAAAUGCUUAUCUUUUUCCCCUUUGUUUUAUUCUUUAUUCUUUUACCUCGUCAUUUUCUUUUGCUUUCUUAUCUCAUUUCAUUAAUUUCUCUCACCCCGCCUGCCUACUCUCUUUAAUGAUUUUUAUUAUUCCCUUACUCACGUUCUCUACUAAAUUCACUACAAAACAUCUCUCAUUCUAUCUAUCAAUAUAUCUAUCUAUUUUUCCUCUUACUCUUACUCCCUUAAAUGCAGUUGAUCCUAUUUUCCGAUACAUUUUUUUAAUAAUCCCAGUCUGA